UCUCGCCUCUUCCUCUCUUUCAGGGAAUCUCCCCCACCCCACCCAGCAUCUCCUCUAGGGGCUAUCUGGUUCUCCACAACUCCCCUGGUGCGACUCCCACCACGAUGGUGAGGCUGUCCAAACCCAAAACUUUUCAAGCCUAUCUGGACAACUGUCACCGACGCUACAGCUGCGUGCAUUGUCGAGCCCACCUGGCCAACCACGAUGACCUCAUCUCCAAGUCUUUUCAAGGAAGCCAAGGACGGGCCUAUCUAUUCAACUCUGUAGUGAAUGUUGGAUGUGGCCCAGCAGAAGAACGCGUUCUGCUGACAGGCUUGCAUGCUGUAGCUGAUAUAUACUGUGAAAAUUGCAAAACCACGCUUGGAUGGAAAUAUGAACAGGCCUUUGAGACAAGCCAGAAAUACAAAGAGGGCAAAUACAUAAUUGAACUGAACCACAUGAUUAAGGACAACGGCUGGGAUUGAAAGCCAACCAUCAUCUUUGGACAACUGUAUGUAGGGGUGGAGCAUAAGAAAUGUCAAAUUUCCGCAAAACCUGCCUCUACCUUCUCAACCAUUGGAUUGCCAUCCCAGUCAUCUCCAGGGCACCUGAGUUGUGAAGGAGGAGGUGGUGCUUCUGCCAAGAGACACAUACCCACAGCUCAGACAUGUUACCUUCCUGUGGCAAAAGGUGGCAGCCCCAGGACAGCGUUAGGCCAGGGACAGUGUGCAAGCAGGGACUGGGGGGUUGGGGGAGGACUACGGCUGGCUCUGUUGUCCAGAGGGAGCCUGUAUUAAGAGAAAUAAGGAGGGGAAAUGUACAAUGCAAGGGGCAAGGGGAAAGUUAGGCGUGUACAGUACUUGUGUGUGUAUGUAUUAUAUAAAUAAAAGUAUUGAAGUGA